AUGGCAUUUGAAUGCCAAGUGAAUACUGAGGUUUCUAAGGCUUUAAUUGACUCUCUAGACAAUCGACGAUUAGCUGAAUCUAAUCACUUUCAUUCCCAAAUUGAAGCUAAAAAUUUUGGUUUUUCAGAUUCAUAUUCUGGAAAACAAAAAGGUGUAAUUUCAAAAUCCAAACCGGUUUUUAAUUCCAAGAAAGCAAAUCCGGACUCUUGUAGUCCGAAACAGCUUUUGUCAAUCACUGACCUUCCUCCAGCUUUGAUAUCCGAAAUUCUGAAUUGCCUUGACCCGAAAGAGCUAGGCAUUGUUUCAUGUGCAUCCACAUAUCUCUGUAGGCUCGCCUCUGAGCACCAUGUUUGGAAGGAGUUCUAUUGUGAGAGAUGGGGGCUUUCAACGGCUCCAACACCCUUGGGUUCAGGACUUUCUGAUGAAAAGUCAUGGAAGAAGUAUUUUGUCGAAAGGGAGUUUAGGAGUAAGACUUUUAUGGGACGGUAUAGCAUGGAAAUUCUGUAUGGUCAUACUGAACCUGUUCGAGCAGUUUUCCUUUUGUCCUCGGCAAAGCUCAUAUUUACAUCAGGGUAUGACCAAACCGUAAAAAUGUGGAACAUGGAAGAAGGGUUGUUGAUUGCUUCUUCAAGGGGUCUUGGUUGCACUAUCCGUGCAGUUGCUGCAGAUACAAAGCUGUUGGUUGCUGGUGGCACUGAUGGUUUUAUUCACUGUUGGAAGGCAGUGGACGGCAGUCCACACUUGUUUGAUAUCAGGGGUCCUCAAAACCAGAACACUGAGUUUCGUCUGUGGGAGCACCAGGGUCCCAUAACAUCUCUUGCGUUGGAUGUUUCAAGGAUUUAUAGUGGUUCAUGGGAUAUGACUGUUCGUGUAUGGGAUCGACUUUCGCUGAAGUGUGUUAAGGUCUUGAGACAUAGUGAUUGGGUUGGGGAACUUGUACCUCAUGAUACUACAGUUGCUAGCGCAGCUGGUGCGGAUGUAUAUGUUUGGGAUAUUGUUAGUGGGAAUCUGAUGACUAUUAUUCAUAAUGCUCAUGUGGGUAAAACUUGCUCCUUGGCCAGAAACCACAAAGGGGAUUUUCUUUUUACUGGAGGGGAAGAUGGUGCAAUUCGCAUGUAUGAAAUUCUGAAUCAGGGGCUUGAGACUAAUCAACAUUUGGUUGCAACAUGGAUCCCUCACACAGGUCCUGUGCAGUCCCUUGCGUUUGAGUUUCCAUGGCUUGUUUCUGUUUCUGGUGAUGGGAAGCUAUCACUAAUUGAUGUGAGAAAGCUUUUAAAAACCAGAAGGUGUCCAUCAGGAAUAAGUGAUUCACGUGUUAAGCAUGAAGCCCGGAGUAGUGUAGAACCCCCACAGAGAAUGCUACAUGGAUUUGCAAAGAAUCUCCUCUCAGUUGACAUUGGUGCUGAUCGUAUUGUAUGUGGCGGUGAGGAAGGUGUUGUUAGGAUCUGGAACUUCACACAAGCUCUGGAGAUUGAGCGAAAGGCUCAUGCUUUAAGAGGAAUACGAUUAGAGAAUAGGAUGAGGCGGCGUAAGCUCCAUGCAGAGAAUAGCAGUAAAGUUGGUCGCACUGAUCAAUGCUCAGUUGCAGCCAAGAAGAAUCCAGUCACCGGUGAAAGGAGUGGUUGGCACAGUAAACGUGGGGCGAGUGGCAAGCUGAAAGCCUAGUAAGCAGAUUAAUGUUUGACGUAAGCUUUGAAGUAGUACUACCUUUCUACUCGAGAUGAUUAUGUGAUUUUGUACAACUUAUGGCUUUAGCAGAUGGGAUUUUAGAGAUCAAGGCAUCCCAUGAUUCCUAUUCUAAAGUUCUUGAAGAAGAAUUGAUUUGUUUUGGUACAGCUAACUUUGGACUAGAGGCUGUACUUCACUUG